AUGACAUUUUUAGAGACUACUGCUGUACCAAACACAUCGGCAAAUGAGAUUCAAGAAAACGUUACUACUCAUAACAUCCUUGUUCUAACAAUAAUAACUCAUUACAUAAGAGACUAUUCAAAGAGAUAUCCAAUAUCUACUGACGAGCCUGCUGAUGAUGUGUGGUUCUCAAAGUUCCAUCGUACAUUUAGUAUGCUUGCCUUACACUUAAUCCAAUGUCCUGAUCUUACGUUUGGAGAAUUAAUCAAUUUAAUAUCAUGCGGAAAAUACCAACUACCUCCAACCUUCAUUCAAACUUUUCACUUGGAAGUAUAUCAUAUGAUCAAUACUAAUCUAACUAUUAUAGGAGAAAUGUUCAAAAAUAUGGAUGGUACCUCAUUGGAUAACGGAUUACCAAAAGUACAUGAAUUGAAAAUUGUUAAUAGCAGUAGUCCCGUUGGCAUAUUUUUACGGCGUGUAAUGGUAUUCUUCAACAAAAUGCAGUUUUUACAGACUGAAGCUGUUAUAAAGGAAGUAAAAGCCCAUUGCAGUCCAAUAUUGAACAAAAUUCCGGGACUUAAAACCAAAAAAGUAGGAUCAAAUGACAAAGAAGAACUUAGUCCAGAAGCUGUAGAAAUGAUAAAAAUAACAAAGACAAUCAACGAAAUUAUUGAAAUGAUUAACAUAAAUUAUCAGGCAAGUUUUCAUCAAAAUAGUAAGUACAAUAAAGCUCGUUCUUGGUCUCCACGACAAGUAGAACUCUUUAUUGCACAACAAGUUAAACUAUUGAAAAUUAAUGAAUCUGUUGCCCUUGAUCCCCCAACUCUACAACAAAAACUAAAAGACAUUCUGAGAGCCAAUCCAGACCAUUUUGACGUACAUUAUUUAAACUAUCUUAAUUGCUUGAGGGUGAAAGAAUAUUGUGGAGCAGUAAAUAGUGUACAACAUUAUUUUAGUCGUCAAACUUUUAGGGUUAUAAAUUUAGAUGAAAAAAGUAGAGGUUAUCAAUAUACAUCUCUUAAUAUGGCCAUAUUGAACGCAUUUUUCAAUCAUAAUGAUGAAGCUAUAAGUUAUUUAAAAGAAAGUAUAGCAGUAGCUCAUCAAGUAAAUGAUCAUGUUUGCCUACAGCAUGCACUCAUGUGGAUGUACACAUUGAGUAAAAAGAACAAGUCAACUAUGUUGAGAUGUUCGGUAACUAGAAGCAAAGAAUUAGAACUGCAUCAGAUAACUUCAUUUAGCUUACAAUCAAUGGCUCAAUAUUUGGUUGAAAACUCUGAAACUCCAGCAAUAGUCUUCGAAAUAUUAAAGAAAAGCGAAAUAUAUAAUUAUUUUAAUGGUUUGACUGAUCUGCGAAUGACAAAUAAUGUACAAAAAGCAGCGAUUUGGAAUAUGUAUGGUUAUCAACGUAUAUCAACAAUUCAUUCUUUAUUAGUCUUAGAACAUGAUCAAUGUAACAAAGAUGUUUAUAAUAUAGAAAGUAAAUGUAUAGCCAUGUGCAAUAUCAUUAAUGAUUUGAUUGCUCACGGUGAUUAUUAUCUUGCUCCCAUAUUAAUCAAUGAAGUUUCUCAUAUUUUUCCAUACACACAUAGUAAAUUCUGGAUAAUGGCCGAACAGUAUUUAAAUUUUACAUUAGCUAUGAAUAAGGAAGAAUGGCCUAAAGCAGAAUUAGCAGCUAAACAAAUGGCGUCUGUUAAUGUAACAGAAAGUGUAUUACGAUUAGGAGAGAUGUAUUUGAAAAAAGAAGACUUUGUUACAGCUACUAAUAUGGUAAAAGAGUUAAUGGAGCAUAAUGAAGAAAACACAGUACUAACUAGAUUGCGGGCAUACGUAAUUGUUGCCAAAGCAAAUGAAAGUGCAGCUCUAAAUUUACUUAUGGACGCAAAAUUGAUAGCUAUUGAAUAUCAUUUGAUGUAUAUGACUGCAAUUAUAAAUGUUGAGAUAGCAAUUGUUUUGAUGAAAUAUGAUUUUCCUCAUAAAGCAUUAAGAUUGUUACAAGAGACAAAACAACAUAUUUAUUGUGGCAUCAAUGUUUAUGAUAAGGCAUACACAGAUUUACAAAUUAUUAAAGCGAAGAUGAUGGUUAACAUAGUUGAUGAGCUUGAUCACAGUCGAGAGUUUUUAAAUAAAAUUUAUAAUAAAUUAAAUACAAUUGCAGACAAAUUUCGAUCAAUAGAAGCUAUCACAGAGUUAAAAGAAAUAACAUAUUUACAAGCAUUAAUAGCAGAUGAAUUGGAUAUGAAACAAAACCGAAACAAGCAUGCAAUGGAAUUUAGGCACUUGGAAGAAUACAAAGUUCAACAGUAA